GCGCGCGCGCUCGCGCUCGCGACAGCGCCCGCGCGCGCGCCGGGCUCGAGCCGGCGGCAUCUCCCUUCCCCUCUCCUCAGUCCCGCUCGGCAGCCGUGGCGGCAGCACCAGCCUCGGUAGCGGUGCCGCGUCCUCUUCCUCCUCCUCGUCCUCCCCCCCGGGGCACGAUGCAGUUUAUGUUGCUUUUUAGUCGUCAGGGGAAACUGAGACUUCAGAAGUGGUAUGUCCCAUUAUCUGACAAAGAAAAGAAGAAAAUCACAAGGGAACUUGUUCAAACAGUGUUAGCCCGCAAACCGAAAAUGUGCAGCUUCCUGGAAUGGAGAGACCUGAAGAUUGUCUACAAAAGAUAUGCAAGCCUUUAUUUCUGCUGUGCUAUUGAAGAUCAGGACAAUGAACUGAUAACUCUGGAAAUAAUUCAUCGCUAUGUGGAACUUCUUGACAAGUAUUUUGGCAGUGUAUGUGAACUUGAUAUCAUCUUCAAUUUUGAAAAAGCCUAUUUCAUUCUGGAUGAAUUCCUUUUGGGAGGGGAAGUUCAGGAGACUUCCAAGAAAAAUGUUCUCAAAGCUAUUGAGCAGGCAGAUCUUUUACAGGAGAACACCUCAAUUCUUGUACUGAGAGAAGAAAGUUGGCAGAUGCAGCAUGUUGUUGCAUAACAUGCAUAUGUGCAGUAGCUGAAACAUAAUCAUGUGCCCAACUUCAUGAAAUUUUUUUAAUGCAUGAAACUGUAGCAACACAAUAUGUUCCAUGGAAAAUAAAAGAUUUUUUUUCCACUUAAAUAAAAGUUUAAUAUUUGCUGUGUUCUUAUUUGAUGGUCCAAGAGUGACUACAGUAUACAUAAUCUAGUAUUCAGCUUGUGGGAGCUCAUGGUCGUUCCCCAUGCUAAAACAAUGAAAUUGAAUGUAGCUGUUAACAAUUGCCAUAUGUAUAACUGGCAGUUAAUAUAAUUUAUGAAAGCUAAACUAAACAGAAUUUCUGUCUCUUGAUCUUGAUUUGAAAUAGGAGCAAGUUCCUAAACAUUGGCUUCUAGUGAAAACUUGUUUACUUACAUUCUGUGUAAUUUUUAUAAAAGUAUUUCAGAAAUCACCCUCAUUUUGUCCACCAUUAUUCUUUUAGUAGUUGAUUACAGAACAUCUAAAAUACUAUUUUUCUAAGAUAAAUCCCAAUAAUAAGGCUAUCACAUUUCCUUAUUUCUGUCAGUAUUUUAGUAAUGAUCAAAAAUGUAAAAGCUGCAUAGAUGUGUUUUCUUCUGCUCUUGCAGUUUGGCUUCAGUUGGUACCUAUUCAUCCUUCUGCAUGAAAAAUAAUAGAUACGCUAUUUCAGGCCCCCAAAGCCUCCACCUCAUCUUAUAUCCAGAAAGGUGCUUAAAUCCUUAAUGCCAGCUGACAUGGGUUAAUUGCCUAGGGAUGCUAUGUAGAUUUAAGUUUUCAAUGUUAGAAUGAGCAUUUUCUUGGACAAGAAAUGAAGAUUUAGUGAAUUGCCUAUAUAUGCCAUGGAAAUUUUGCUUUUGGAGAUGGAAUGUGCUAAUUGACAACUAUAGGUAUUCAUAAUAGUGGGAAGAUGGCAUUAGAUUGUCGUUGGAUUAUGACAAAAUAAAGAAAUUUUAGCAUCGGCAAUUAGGAAAGAAAAUUCUGAUAUUUAAACCUAUAGUGGGUGGAAGCACAAAGUUUUUUUGUCUGCUUUAGGAAACAGCCUUUGUAAGCAGCUGUUUCUUAUUACUCUCCUGAGAACCUUACCAUAAUUAAUGUAGUUAAUUCAGUCUUUCACUUAAUGUUAACUCUUAAAUAUAGACUCCUGAAAUAGACUGCCUUCCUAAGUUGUCAGUGACAUUCUGUGCCUUGGCUAUACCUGUAUUCCUUUCAAUGUGAAAGAAAAAUGAAUAAUGAAAUCUUUACAAAAGGAAGAUCUGAGUGCCUUGAUUGUGAUGCGUUCUUCACAUAUAACUCCUAACGUAGUCAGUGUUUCAAAUAGUAAAGCAGCUUUAGACUUCAGUUCCUAAGGCAUAUAUGUUCUUGAUUUUACGAACAGAUAAUGGUCUGUAAUUACAUUUUAGGACAUAUUUGUGGAGAGCUAUAUGAGAGUUACCGUGCAUGGGGGAAGGGGGAGGAGGGGAUAUGCAAUUAGUUAAUUAUUUAAGGAUUAGGAAAUACUUAAGAUCUAUGUUGACUGGGAAUCUGUCAUGACUGUUAGGAAAUGCAGUAAGUUGUGGUAGUGUUUUGGUAGCUGGCAUCCUUUGUAAACUCAGUUCAGACUUCAGUCCCAGAAAGAUGUUGAAUAUGUAGCAGAGAAGAGAUAGUAAUGCAGUUAAAUUGCCCGUUUUUUGGUUUAAAUAUAAAGAGUACACCUUACCUGGUUAUAUUAAGGGUUUUGCCUUUGUUACUUUGGUCAAAAAAGAGAAAGUGGACUUAUGUUUUUGGUGUUGAUUUGAGACACUGAUUAAGAACCUAUCACCUGGAUCUUGGUUUUAUGUGAUAGCUGCUACAAAGUGUACUUGUUCGUGACACAAAAAUAUUGUGACAAGUGUCAUGGGCAAGCCUCUAAAUAAACACAAUAAUUAAGUCCAAUUGGGAAUGUGCAUUCAACAUAUUUACUUUCCCUUUCAGGUAUUGCAUGUUUUCUUGCUUGUGCUGUUUAAAAUGCUUUUUCAGUAGUAGGUAAGGAAAUGCACAUGUGUGUGGAAAUGGCUGUUUGUGAGAUACUCUGGACUCCAGAGGUAGGUUUGUUUUCUAGUGUGUGGAAUAUUAUGUUGCCUUGCUUGUUCUUAAAAGACUAGCAUAGUUUGUCACAAGAUGUAAUGUCCAAAACCAAGAUAAAGCAUUUUGGGACUAAGCAAAGAGGGCAGUUGCUUGUGUGUUCAUUUUCACACAUCAGUUGAACAGGCAGUUGUUUUUUUUGAAUGAAGAAAACCUUGUAUGCAUUAUGAUAGAAAAAUGUGUUCCCUGCCAUGCUUGACUGCAGUGGUGCUAUAUAAGAUUGCAUAUAUAAUAGGCUUCGCUUUGGAAGAAUUUAUUUGCACCUUGUCUUAGAUAAAUUAGGUUAUUUGUUGUUCAGUCAUACUAUGGAUUAUUCUUGUUCUGAAAACUAGACUUUUUUAAAUGCAGUGUUCACAGGAUACAAGGCAAGGAGAUACUAAAAUUAAGAAAUUUUUGAUUCUGUGGAACUGUGUAAAUGUGCUAUUUCCUAACUUGUAUCAGUUCCAAACUUUGCCACGCUAUAAGGUAUUCUUUAUGUAUGUUUUGUGUUAAUUAUUUCACUCU